AUGCAAGUGCAACUUUUCAGUUUUGUCGUUUUGGCAAUAAUUGCCACAGUUUUUGCAGUACCGUCGGUCAUUGUUGAAGAUGAAGAAGGCCAGCAGUACUAUUUGACACCAGUAUUAAGUCGCGAAAGAAGACAAGCUCAAGGAUUUGGACAAGGCGGCGGCAACGGAAAAAGUCAAGGUGGUUUCGCUGGAUUCAACAAUCCCAAUGGAUCCGGAGGAAGUGUUGGUUAUGGUCACGCCAACGGUUAUGGACACACUUUAAGUGUAGAUGGUAUGGUGCCGGUUUGGUCGAACAAAAACCGACUUGGUGAGUCCACUUUGAAUGUUGGAGGUGGCGCUACUCACCAUUUUGGAGGCCCGGGAGGCAGUCAGAACUUGGACAAACGGGUCGGAGUUAAUUUCAAUCAUAGAUUCUAA